ACACACACACACACACACACACACACACACACACACGCUCCCUCCCUCCGGCGCUCUACUCCGCUCCCGCCCGCCCGCCCGCCUCGCACGCACCGGCCUUGGCUCCCCGCGCCCGCCGCCGCCGAGCGAAGCUGCGCUGGGCUCGGAGCCGCUCAUGGAGAAAGUGCCGGGCGACAUGGAGAUAGAGCGCAGGGAGAGGAGCGAGGAGCUGUCCGAGGCGGAGAGGAAGGCGGUUCAGGCUACGUGGGCCCGGCUGUAUGCCAACUGCGAGGACGUGGGGGUGGCCAUCCUGGUGAGGUUCUUUGUGAACUUCCCAUCGGCCAAGCAGUACUUCAGCCAGUUUAGACACAUGGAGGAUCCCUUGGAGAUGGAGAGAAGUCCCCAGCUGCGGAAGCACGCCUGCCGGGUCAUGGGGGCCCUCAACACUGUCGUGGAGAACCUGCAUGACCCAGACAAGGUGUCGUCUGUGCUCGCCCUGGUUGGCAAGGCCCACGCCCUCAAGCACAAGGUGGAACCUAUGUACUUUAAGAUUCUCUCUGGGGUCAUCCUGGAGGUGAUCGCCGAGGAGUUUGCUGAUGAUUUCCCUGUGGAGACGCAGAAAGCCUGGGCCAAGCUGCGUGGCCUCAUCUAUGGCCAUGUGACCGCGGCCUACAAGGAAGUGGGCUGGGUACAGCAGGUUCCCAACACCACCACCUCACCAGCCACGCUGCCCUCUUCAGGGCCAUAGGACCCCUCCCAGCUCCCCGUCCCUGGCAACACUUUGGGCUGACUUCUGAAGACACUCCUUGACCUUCCAUUUCUGGGUGCCAAGGAAGCUGGAGGAAUCCCUGACUCGACUUCCCGAAUGGAGGCCUUCGUCAUGGCUGUGGUCCCCCCCGGGCUACUGGGAGGUGGGGCUGGCUCCCCGAAUGCUGAAUCUAGCAGAGGGGACCCUUCUGCCUCGCAGCAGAGGGCACACUCUUCUUAGCUUUUCUACCGACUGUUAGAGGGGGACCUGGCAAGCGGCCGGUGGGAAGUGAGGACAAGCCCAUGAGUCACUUCAGAAAGGAACUAGCCCUGCUUCACUCUGCCCGCCAGCAUGCAGGUCCUCGCCACCAUCUCUAGAGCAUUACGCACACGUCCAGCAUAUACACAGAUAUAUCCUAUAUACGAUCUCUAUAUAAAUAUAUAUAUAUAUAUACACACACAUACAUAUCUAUCGCGUGCACCUGCAGGCCCAGAAGCCUAGGUCUUGCCCAGCUGCGGGGAGCCAGGAAGAGUCCUGGUCAUACUUCCAGGCGGCUCUACUGGGAACAGGGAGAAAGCUUACAACAGCACAAGAGAAUGCGGCCAGGUGGGAGAGUUGGGGUGACCCAGCUUGUCCCUACAGCUCAGUGUCCUGCAUUCUUGCCCCACUCCACCCUCAAAACAAGAGAAUACCUGGUUUGCCGGGUGUAGUGGCACAUACCUCUCAUCCCAGAGCUUGGGAGGCAGAGGAAGGACGAUCUUUGCAAGUCUGAGGUCAGGUGGUCUACACCUGGUCUCCAUGGUGGUGAGUUUCAGGCUAGCUGGGGCUACACAGGGAGACCCUGUGUCAAACAAAACAAAACAUGAAGAUCUAGCUCCCCUCCCCUCCCCAAGGGUUUGCCUGACUCGCCCUGGAGAAGGCAAGAGUUCAGGAGAUCCCAUUGGGGUGUUGGCCAGUGUAUGUGUCCUGUGUAUGAGGGUAGGGGUGAGGGGCAGCCUCAGUGUGGAGCCCUAGAAUGCCAGCCUCACCUACUCACUUCAGACAGCAGCCGGGCCACAGGACCAGGAGACUCUCCUGCUCUCCUCUGGGGGCACCUGCUCAUCUUCUCCAUAAAGUCUCCUUAACACUUCUGGGGACCCCGUGUGUCACGUGUACUGUCCUGGAGGAUGUCUUACUGCUGUGGCUACCGUGCCUGCGUCCCCUCUGGUCACCCUCAAGCAGCCUUCCUGUAACUGCCUGUCUUUUUGUAGUUUCUGAUGUUUGUAACCAGCCCCAGCUGUGUCAUUAAACAGGUCUGUUCUUCCUGUA